AUGUUGCCUCACAACGAACCCGAGCCUGAGCAGGCAAGCAAGAGUACUCGAACAUCCCCAGAAUUAUCCUCAAGAUGGGGACAAAUUACUACGGUCAAAAUUGCAGAAGAGAAAGCAGAGAUAUUUCAAAGAGAUCGGCUUCUUGUAGAGGAGCAGGCUCGUCAGCGAGGCGAGCUGCUCGAGAAUGCUGUUCAAGAAUCAAAAGUAGCCAGAAAAGAGAACCGAAUCCUCAUGGCUAAAAUAGCAAGCUUACAAGCUGGGGUUGAGACUUUCUCCGACGAACAAGUUAAACGAGAGAUGUGUCUACUCUAUCGCGGUCUUGAACACUGGCGUUUUACUCAUUUUGUGACCAAGCCAGCACCCCACGAUCCCAAGCCAAGAUCAGACAGCCUUGAUAUUUCGACAUUGGAUAUAAUUCAAGCUGAUAUUGCCGGGCUGAUUUAUCGGUCGUUUUGGAACCAAUUUAUGGUUGGAUCUGACCAUUUUUGGAGUAACUAUCUGCGCAAGGUCGACUCCGAAAUAAAUAAAAAAUUUUCUAACCACAUUUCCCGGCAUUGGAGAUGUGCGAUGAGCUCCGCCAUCCUAUCAUUGGAAACCCCUAGCUUAGAAGGACAGUGCAAUUGGAUCAUCGAGCAGGUAGAGUCCUGCUUUGGCCGUUAUGCUGUCGCCGACAAACCAAAACGAAUGCAACAGCUCCAUGAGGUUAUUGCGCGCUGCAUCAAGUUCAAACAUAAAUUGGAUUGCCAGGAAGAUAGAUACAUCUUCUGGGGCAGUUACCAAUAUGGACUGCCGUUCCGGGAUGAUAAAAUGCGAACCCUCACAGAGGACACGUCGGAUGGAUUCGUCCAGACUAGUCUGUGGCCUGGUUUAUAUAAGAUUGUCCAAACCGGCGAAUGGUCGACAGUCGAAAAAGAGAUCGUGAAAAAGAUUGCUCCAGAGACACCCUCGGUUGAAAUGAUCGAUGAAAUGGAAUCCCAUGAAUGCGACCCAGACUUGGAUGAGAUUUAG